AGUCCGGUCGGUUUACUUUCGUUUCGCCAUUGUUGGCUUUUGUGUGGAUUAUGUUUCUAGUUUUUAGAUUCUCACCAAUGCAAUGAGCUCUGAAGCGAAUCUCGAUUCUUCUAAUUCCAUUAAAUCAGAACCUCAUGCUGCUAAGUCUCAUUCUUCAAAAAUUACUACCAACCAGCUGGAGUAUAUUAAAAAAGAAGUGGUUGGGCGACUAUUUAAAGAAAAGAUUGUAUGGCCGUUUACAAAACCAGUCGAUCACCAGCGGCUAAACCUUCCAGACUAUCCCAAAAUAAUAAAACACCCAAUGGACCUUGGGACGAUAAAACAGCGGCUAAAUUUAAAAUUUUAUCACUCCUCUUCAGAAUGUCUCGAUGAUCUUUUCACUAUGUUCCGAAAUUGUUAUAUAUUCAACAAGCCAGGUGAUGAUGUAGUUGCAAUGGCAAUGAAGCUUGAGCAGAUUGCUAGAGAACGCCUUAAAUUUAUGCCGACUCCUGAGACCGAAAUUUGUCCACAAAAAACCCCAAAGUCUAUCCGUCCUAUUGGCGCUCCUUUGCAGGUCCAUCCUGUCGAAACAAUUCAUACAGCUGCUUCAACCAACCAUACUGAAGGGUUAAAUGGCUCAGCUGUUUCUGUCGACCAGGCUACAUUACCUUUCAGGCCAUCAGUAACUUCUACAUCUACCAAAAAGGCUAGUAAAAAGAAAAGUGAUUCUACGAUAGACGAAUUACCGUCGACUCCCCAAUCAUAUGAUGAUCUAUCUCGCGACCGCCGUCAAAUCAAAAAGCCCAAGCGUGAAUAUGAAGAACGUAAUGUUGGCAAACGAUUGCGACUUUCCGAAGCACUGAAAGCUUGCAGUAAUAUUCUGAAGGAUAUUUCCUCUCAGAGAUAUCGGGAUCUCAAUCAUUUUUUCUUAAAACCAGUGGAUGUCGUAGCCCUCGGGCUUCAUGAUUACUACGAUGUUGUCAAAAAAGCAAUGGAUCUCAGCACCAUAAAAACAAAAUUAGAAAGUGGUCAGUACCAUACCAAAUACGAUUUCGCAGACGAUGUUCGGCUGAUGUUUAAUAAUUGUUAUAAGUAUAAUGGUGAAGAUAGCGAAGUUGCUAGAGUGGGGAAACAACUUCAAGCUAUUUUCGAUGAAAAUUUCGCCAAAGUUCCGGAUGAUGAGUCAGAUCCUGCUGCCUCCCCUGAUGGUCGUCCUGUUGAUCAGAAUAUGUAUCAGCUAAUUCAAAACGCCAUCAAAGAGCAUCAGAAGUUAACCAAUCAGUUUCAGCGUUUCAGCGAGGAUUUGCAGAAAAGCACAGCUAACCUAAAUUCUAUCUUAUCAUCCUUAAGUAUGGCUGUCAGAAAAGCACCUAUUGGUCACAACACACCCCAUAUUAAUUCAUUACCCCCUACUCAAACUGGCCUUCCGACUGUUCCACGUCCUACUAUGAAUGAUAUAGAAGAUGUAAAUAUCACUAAGAGAGGCAGACAAUCUCAGUCGAAAACAAAAUACAGACAAUCAGGACUAUCUGCUGCAGCACCCGUUCUAAAUACACCAUGUGUUCCGGUUAGUAGUAGCACAGUAAAUAUGAGUUCUACACAUUCCCAACCUAUACCUGUUCCUGGAUAUGCUACAGAUGAGGAGAUGUCCGAAAACAAUGUUCGUCCAAUGACUUACGAUGAGAAACGUCAAUUAAGUUUAGAUAUUAAUAAGCUUCCUGGUGAAAAAUUAGGUAGAGUUGUCCAAAUCAUCCAGCAACGUGAACCGUCGCACCGUGAUUGUAAUCCAGACGAAAUCGAAAUUGAUUUCGAAACGCUGCAACACACAACCUUGCGUGAAUUGGAGAAGUAUGUAAAAUCUGUUCUGCAAAAGACAAAAUCCGGGAGCCGGAAAUAUGUGAAGAAGGGGUUAAGUGGCGUCCCACCAGGCAAGACUCGUGAGGAAUGCAUGAAAGAAAAAACGGAAGAGCUGGAAAAUCGAUUGAGAGAGAUUGGAGGACUUCCUCAAGGUGCUCCUGGAUACCAUAAUGCACAUAAUCCGAAAAAGUCACAUGGUACUAAUCGUUUGAGCGCAUCAUCAUCCAGUUCAAGUGAUUCCGAGAGUACUUCAGACUCAAGUGAAUCUGAUUCUUCAGAUUCUAAAUCUUAUAAAGCAGCUUCAGACCACAAACAGUCGCAUGACCAGGUAUCUUCAACUGGCCUACAGAGUUGUUCGAAAUCGACUGUUUUUUUAUCCCCGAACUCAGGUGCUGUGACAAAUAAGACAUCGAUCAAUCAACCACCGACAUUUUCUGCACUUGACUCUGUUGCAAGUGGUCAUUGUAAUGAUGAUGUCGUUUAUGAAAAAUGUAUUGAACCAAAGACUGAACAAAAUGAAUCUUCAGAUACGGAAUCUGAACCAAACUCCCCUCACCAGCUACCUCAACCUGUGUGGGCCAUCUCAGGGUUUUCCAAAAAGCCAUCUUCUGAAGAUGGUACGUUAGGCAAACCCCUUCUUACAAGUAGCUGCACAGCUACAUCAGCUUCUGAGGUUUCUUCAACAGUUGUGGCUGCUAGAUUGGUUAAUGUAUUACCCGAUCCUGUUGAAGCAAACGACAUUUUGCUACCUAACUCUCAGCCCGGUAGAAACGAGGAAAAAGAAAAACAGGCCGCGGCUCUUCAAAUAAUGCGCGAAGCUCGCAGACAAUCUCAAUGGAGUUCUCGCGCGGCUGAAGAGAAGGCUAUUCGUGAACGCGAGGAGGCUGACAGACGACGUCAGGAAGAAGAACUUGCUUUAGAAGCUGAAAGGAGGAAAGAACAGGAAUUGCGCCGUAUUGAGGAGGAGAAGCGCCUUCUUGUCGAAGCUCGAAAGCGUGAUGACAUUGCAAAGCGUAAGGUUAGUAUGUGGUUGUUUGGGAGACACUACUUGGGUCAUGUUUUAAUUGCUGUUCGUAUAUUGUCUAGUCAUAGUUUACCUUGUACACAAUAUUAAUUUAAAGUGAAGAGUUGUAGAACAUGCUUUAUUAUGGGAAAGGAAAUAAUUACCAUCGUUUAUAUGCGGAGAUAAACCACACAUUAAUAGAAUUAGGUAUUAUUUUUAUGGUAAUGUACGAUUCACGUAAGAAGUGAAACGACUGGAUUUGUUAUUAAAAUUAACAUCUGCUAGCGUGGUUUCUGAGAUCCUUAUCUGUAUUGAGUAGGUUACAGCGAGUCAGUCUUAAUAAUAGCCAGCUUUUAGCUCAGAAUUAUCUGCUUUUUGUCAAGCAAUAUACUCAUAUUGGAGAUGAAAGAUUCUAUCCACUUCUUCACUUACAUUGAACUUGCAAACGGCCAUUAAUUUCACUUGUGCAAUUGGUUUGCCUGGUUGUAUGCUGAUCAUGGGGUUUAUUGUUAAUUUUGUAAGUAGUGACCUAUUGUGUGUUGUUUAUCUCACUCAAUAUAUAGGCUGUCCAUCAAAAAGUUCGUGCUUAAUCGUAACCACGUAUUAAGCUGGUCUUGAAACAUUUCACUUGUAGAUCAAUUCUAGUUUGCAAAUGUCUACUUAAGCAUUACUUUUUGAGUCAAAUUACCGCAGGAUGAAAUUUUAUCAACGUAGAUUGUUUUUCAGAUUAGGAUAUUCUGAGUUUGCAAAUAUAAUUUAGGGUGUUAGUCUUUUGCACUGGGUAGUUUUCUUCUUUGGAAUUUCCCUUACGGUAUUGAAACUAAACUCUCUAUUAGGGUAUCACUUAUUGAGAAAAAUUAGUCAGAUGUUUGGUAAUUUUCCAUUUUGUGUCCAUUUAAUUUCAUGAUGGUUUCUUGAUAAUGUUCAGUUAUGAGUAUUCGAAAACUUAUGUAUUUAUCGUAAGCGCUUGGACAGUACAUCAAAAUUCACAAUGCUUACUCCGAUAAUUUAUCUAACUACAUGUUGCACAUAGGGUUGAAUAUCUGGUACAGUAGUACUGUUUUGUGUAAUUAAAUGUCAAUAAUUUUGUCAGUGCAACUUUGGGUAUACUGUAUGUUCAGGAAUUUUGUAUCUCCAUUGCUACUCUUUUACAUCUUUUGAUGCUGUAGUCUUUUUCUCAUUAAGGUACUAUGAACCUUGAUAGAACUUUCUUUUAUUUGUUCCUGUGAGAACACAGAUGAAACGUUUUUCUAGAUGCUAUUUCGUUUUCCAUAUCGCAUAUCCUAAAAAGUUUAUUCAGAUUUUAGUGUAAUGCGUUGUUUUAUCUUUCAAAUAUGAAUAAAUAAAGACUAUUUUUCGUACUUGCAAUUAGGCCAUGAUCGGUGCACCAGAACGUAUAAAUGCUCAUGAAUUACUGACGGAAUUCGAGAAUUCAGUUGAUAUAUCUUGCAUUGAUGCAUGUUUUGCCAUGCGUCACUUCUAAAUCAAUGCUGUAUCAUCUACAAGAAUGUACUUUUCCAUCAUACCUCAUUUUCCGAAGCGUAAAAUAAUUUUUUUCUAGUUAAUAAUAAAUUCACAGGAACUUCUAAUAACUAGUGUUUAUUCACUUUUUCAAGUUCUUUUGACUAAAUGGACGUGACGUUUUCUCUUUGUAAAUGUACAUAACCAGUUAGAUUUUUCAUUUUUGUCUUGAUUAAGAAUUAAUUUCUUCUGGUCAUUUGAUAUACUAACAUUUUUUGUGCAUUCUGGAGGGGAAAAUUGUUACUAGUCGGUUUUAUUAUGAAAGGUACGAACUGGAAAAGUUAUCAACCAUGUUGCUAAAUAUAGAAAUUGAACUAGGACUGACCAAUUUGGAAUACUUUUUUAUCCAACUAAGGAGCUUGGUUGUAUUUUUUCUUGUUUCAAUGGAGUUAUUUAUGUUGAUGGUGUUAUUCAAGUUUGUUUCACCGUUGAUGUGGUUCUAUUGUUCAGAUUGUUAACUAGAUAUAAUGUAGUCUCCGAAAACUAGUCGUGUUUCUUCAGAAUUAACGGUUUAGGUAACAAAACGAUCUGCAAAUUAACUUGAAAACCGCUGGCAAGUGUGGUAGAGAUGUGCUAUUAUCAUAAUGGUGUCUCAAGUACAUUGAAGCAUUGAGUUAGAUGACGUUCUAUUAUCGUAAUAUUAGCAUUAGCAUUGGCCGUACUUCCGAUUGUGUCUUUAACAUCUUAGCACCGAACGGUACAAUACGAAACAAGUAAAGAACUUGAAUGAAUAAAUGAUUGAGAAUGGCAUUGAUAAUAUCAAUUUCGUACAAACACGAAAGCCUGGUACGGUCACUACUAAAAUGAUGUAACCAUCUUCAAAGUUGCGUUAUGGUCUCAACAAUUGCCUACGUAAACACGGCCUAAUUUAUGUCAAUUGAACUGAUAUAUUGAAUCCUAUUGUCUAAGGUAUUUUAUGCCAAAAAGCUGUAUAGCCUUAAUCACAAUAGACAUUUGUUUAAAGAGACACUACAUCAGAACUGGUUUAUAUGGAUCGGAAUGAUGGAUUCUCAAGAAGAAUAACACAACAAAGAUAAGUGAUCGAAAAAGUCAGUUUUCACUGUCACUGCGUUUAGAGCCUUACUAUUUUCACCAAGUAUAACAUGAUAUGAAUCUCAAGCAGAAAUUAUGACUGAUGUGGUGUUUACCUAACAUAAGAGUAAUUCAAAGAUGUAAAUACAUACAGAUCAUACGUCUCUAUAUCGGUGGAGAUUUUCUCAAGAAUAAAUAAUUGAUAGAUCAACACAUCUACAUAUCUAAUCUUUGGACGAAAUAAUAUACUUCCUGGCGAUGGGCGAUCCGAAGUCAAUUAUAUCGAGCAUGCUAUAUUGAAUAUAAAUUCUCAGGGCCAUAAUUUUGGGUGAGAAAAACAUCCACAAAACAUUCUUGUAUUUAAAUGAAUGCACGAUAGUCAAAAAUACUUUUAAGUUUUCUUAGCUUAUUUGUACUAGGAUCAAGCUUUCUUAUCUCAAGUAAUGGUUUUGUUGUGACAGCUUAAAUCAAUGAAUACAAAUAUUAGAUAGAAGGAAUGGGCCGAACUGUGUUCUCAGGGAACUUUCCAUAGAUUCCAACCAAAUAAUUCCCACUAGCCGAUUGAAUAAACGUUGUAGGAAAAUAAAUACUUAUGUACUAACAGUUCGACUAGAACAGUAUGUUUGCGUUACUUAUGUAAUUAACAGAUGAAUAGAUUCAAGAUGAUCAUAGUGUAAUGAAUAGUUCUUCACUUUACUCUUAUGAUUCUUAAGUGUCAUUGAGAAGGCUAUAUAUGAAUUUUGAUUCUUGUUCAUCGAUUCUGUGUAAUAACAUUAAUAGCCUGGUAGUUCUGAUUGACGUUUUCUAGAAAUUGUGAUUAGAAUCUUGAAUAAUACAUCAGAACUUUAUUCACCAUUCACACGCUUUCUUUAAUCUCAAUAGUCCAUAGCCUUAUAAACUUACUAAAUAAUAUUUUCGCAAUUAGCAGCUGAUUUAGUGUGGUGUUUGUAUGAACUAACGAUUCAUUUGUACUUGUUGAAUGCUUGAUUUCGAAUUCCAAAUACAGUACAUUCGUUUGUG